AUGGGACAAGGAGGCAGGACAACCCUAACUGUUAAACAAGAGCAGCAGUCACAAGAGCAGCAGUCUUUCCAUCAACCCUUGACUUGGAGGUUUCCAGACGCACCAGCUGAGGAAGAGCCUCUGUACCCUCCGGAUUUUGAGCUGAAGACUCCACCUGCAGUCAACUCCAUCAGCGCCACCUGUGGCGAGGAUUCUGUGCGGGUCGAGGUAAAGAAAGAUCUGCUGGGGAUCGGUAAACCUGUCUUGCCUGCAGACGUCUCGCUGGGAGGGUGUCCUGCCACAGGGGAGGAUCCUAACACUCAAGUCCUGGUGUUUGAAUCGGAGCUGCAUGGAUGCGGCAGCCAGCUACUGAUGUCGGAGGACUCGUUCAUCUACGUCUUCACACUGAUCUACACCCCCAGUCCUCUGGGAGACAGUCCAAUUGUCCGAACUAUAGACGUCUCAGUCAACAUCCAGUGUCACUACCAGAGGAAGCAUGGCGUGAGCACUGGGAUGAUGAAGCCGACCUGGAAUCCAUUUACUGACACUAAAUCUGCUGAGGAAAAUCUCUACUUCUCCCUUAUACUCAUGACUGAUAAUUGGCAGUACCCUCGUCCAUCCAGUCAGUUCCAGCUGGGAGACAUGAUGAAGUUUAAAGUGUCAGUAAAACAGUUUCACCACGUCCCUCUCCGAGUGUUUGUGGACAGCUGUGUGGCCACCGUGAUACCAAACGUCGACACCGUCCCUCGGUACCUCUUCAUGGGAAACAAAGGGUGUCUAUUUGACAGUCGGCUGACUGGGUCCAGCUCUCAGUUCCUACCUCGGACUCUCAGCGACGAACUGCAUUUUGAGGUUGAGGCCUUCAAGUUCCAGCAGGACCACAGUGGCGUGAUCUACAUCACCUGCAGUCUGAAAGCUACGGCUGCUACUGUAGCUGUUGAUGCAAACAACAAAGCCUGUUCGUUCUCCAACAGGUGGUUGGAGGCCAGUGGAAGCAAUCAAGCCUGUUCAUGCUGCGAUGGAGACUGUGGGACAGGAGGCCAGAGUCAGCUGUCCAGAGCAGAUGCUGUGUGGGAACAGGAAACGGCUGUUGGACCGAUUGUAGUGAAGGAAAAACCUCUACGCUGA